GAGAGCUCUCGAAAGCGAUUGAAGCGAAAUUUCCUGAGUUUCGUUGUCAUAUUUGACCUUCGAUCUUUGAAGAUGCAGAGACUAGGGUUUCCAAGCGUUAAAAACUUGGAUCAAUUCAAAUCCUUAUCACGAUCCGGCUCUGGAUCCGCCAAAACCUUCCAAGUCUCUUCGCGACCGUCUUCCGAUUCAAGUUCUCUGGGAAGUUUCGCAAAUUUGAAACUUACUGCAGAGAAACUUGUUAAAGAGCAAGCUUCUGUGAAGACCGAUCUCGAAAUGAAGAAUUGCAAGCUGAUGAAAUCAAUGGAUCAUAUCCGGAUAUUAGAGGAAAAAUUGCAGAAUGCUUUCAACGAGAAUGCUAAGCUCAAAGUAAAGCAAAAGGAAGAUGAGAAGCUUUGGAAAGGUCUAGAGUCCAAAUUCUCUUCAACUAAGACUCUUUAUGAUCAACUCACCGAAACAUUACAUCAUUUAGCCAUUCAAGUUCAGAAUGCUGAGAAAGAUAAGGAGUUUUUCGAAGUCAAAGUGGCUGAAGGUUCAAAAGCGAUAGACUCACUGAAUGAGCAUGUGGAUGGCCUUUCAUUGAAGUUAAGUUUUGCUGAGGAAACUACCAGAAACCGUGGAAAGAAAAUAGAAGAACUCAAAUUUCAGAAAGAGGAAAAUGAUAGGUUUUACAGGGAUGAACAGCGCAAAACUGAGAACCUCAUCGAGGAAAAAGAUGCUCUAAUAAAGAAAUUUGAAGCAACCGUAAUUGCAAAUAAACAGGCUGCUGAGAGUUUGAACUCUAAAAUGGGAGAAGUUCAGAUUGAGCUGAGAUUAAAAAAGGAUGAGAUAAAAUGUUUGCUAACCACCCAGGAGAAUUUGGAGAAAGAGAACAGUGAUCUUCUGUUGAGCAAUAAUGAAUAUGCUAAAAAGCUAUCAGUAUCCCUCCUGGAGAUAAAACAUCAUGAAAGUUUUGUUGCUUUGUUGUCUGCGCAGUUGGUUGAGCUGGAUAUACAAAAUAUGACUUUUACAAACAAGUUUGAUGAACUAAAUUUUCUCUAUGACACUUGCUUUAAGUUAGUCCAACAGGAGAGAGGUCUUGCUGCUGAGCAUGCCCAAAAGAAGUAUGAGCAACUCCAUGAUAAAUUCUUGUGCAUAACAUCUGAAAGGGAUGCAUUAGAAUCGGUUAACCAGCAGUUAAACAGUAUGAUCAUUGAACUUCAGAAAGCCCAAGAGUCUGCCAUGGCACAGCUUUCAGAAGAAUGCCAUUUAGCUGAAAAGAGAAUCCAGAAGUUGGAAUCCGAAGCAGAAAAUCUAGUCUCAAAGAAUAUUGAAACAGAAAAGUUGGUUUCAGAACUGGAGGAGAAGAUUGACACACUAUCUGAAAGUUCAAGAUCAUCCGAGAAUAAAAUGAGAGAUCUAUUGCUGAAAAAUUCAGCAUUGGAAAUGGAGAAUAAAGAUAAUACAGAGAAAAUGCAAGCAGAGAUACAAGGAAAAAAAGAAGAAAUUGAUAACAUGCGAAAGGAGCUGGAGAAACAUGAAGCACAGGAAGUUUCUUUGGAGACACAAGUUGGUCAGCUGCGGGUCAUGGUAGAGGAAAAAGAACAGCUUAUCCUGCAAUAUAAAGAAAGGGAAAAGAAGCUGGAAGAUCAAAUUUCUGAGAAUCAGGCAAUUCUGGAAACUGCUGAAAGUAAAAUUGUGGAAGCUAGGAAGCAGUACGAUGUGAUGCUAGAAAGUAAGCAGCUAGAGUUAUCUAGACACUUGAAAGAGAUAUCUCAGAGAAAUGAUCAGGCUAUUAAUGACAUGAGGAGGAAAUAUGACAUGGAGAAGCAGGAUAUUGUCAAACUAGAAAAAGAGAAGGCUGACAAAGUUGUUGGAGAAAUGGAACAGAAAUGUGACCAGAAGGUUGCAGAGUGCAAAGAAGAAUUAAGGCUAAAGUUGUUGAGCAUUCAAGAGGAAAAUGCUACUGUAAUCACUCGUCUUCAGCAGGAGCACGAUAGAAAGGAACAGAAUCUGAAAGCUGAUCACCAUGAGGAGCUAAAACGUGCCCAACUUCAGGCAGAAGAGGAGCUGAGAAAGAAAACAACAUCUCUUAGGAAUGAGCAUGAAGUUCAGAUGAAAGCAUUAAGAUGUCAAUUUGAAGAUGAGUGAAAAUCUUCAGAGGAGUUAAGUCUCCAAAAGUCCAAAGAAGAUAGACAGAGAGCUCUAUUACAACUGCAGUUGAAGGUCAUGAGUGACAAACCACAAGAGGAACAAGAAGUGGAUUCGAGAAGGGAUUAUUCCAUUUCUUCAGUUAAGAAGAAGGGUUCUGGUUUUGAGAAAAGAACUCAACAUGCUUUUGUAAGGCCAGAGGAAGAAGAGAAGCAAUCACCAUUCGCAGGUGUAACACAAACACCAGUGUCAAAAUUGUUGAAGAAAGUUGAAAAUACCAACACGGGAAGUGUAAUGAGCAUUCCUAGGCAUCAUAAGAAGGUAACCCACCAUGAAUAUGAAGUCGAAACUUCCAAUGGAAGAACAAUCACAAAACGAAGAAAAAGAAGUACAUUCUUAUUUGAGGAUCCAACGAAAAAGAAGGUUCGGAUACCAAAAGCUAAUAACGCCGGAAGUUUUGUUCAGGGAACUAAGGGAAGUCAACCAAAUGCUACAAAUAUCGGGGAUUUGUUUUCAGAAGGUUCUCUAAAUCCUUAUGCGGAUGACCCAUAUGCAUUUGAUUAAAGGAUGGAUGAUGUAUCUGAUGUUGACACCUGAAAACAGACUUAAUUCCCCCCCCCCCCCCAAACACAUUUGAAAGAGUCUUUUUUACCUUGUUUCUGAUGGGUUUUAGGGAUGAAUUCAAAUUUUUUCUGUUAGCAAGAGGCAUGUGAUGGUCUGAUUUUUGGAAAUAUAAUUGAGACCAUUUGUCUGCCACAUUCUGGCAUGUAAACAAUGUUAGAUAAAGAUUGUUAGGGUGUUUAGAAAGAAACAUACUUGGGAACUUUUGUGCAUGUGUUCAGACUGAAGUGAUGAAAUCAGGU